AAGGAAAAUGACAUUUCUCAAAAGACCACUGGCACCACAUCUUUAAAGUGAUCUAUUUCGGGGGUCCCACAAUAUACACAACUACCCUCAGGCCGGAAGUGGUUUUGCCCCUAUAAAAUAUGGCGGAAAGCUUUCUCGUCUCCUGGGCAACAUCACGUAAUGCGUAGACGGAUUGGAUCGCCGGUGGGAUUAUCCUGCGCACGCGGAAAAGCACGCGCUGCCGGAAGUGAUGGCACCCUCCCUUCCACAGCGGGUGGUUUAGCGCGCGUGCGCAGUAGGCUCUUCCGGCAGCUGUGUUGUGGAAAUGGUGGAAAAGAAAACUUCGGUCCGCUCCCAGGAUCCCGGACAGCGGCGGGUGCUAGACCGGGCAGCGAGACAGCGCCGCAUCAACAGGCAGCUCGAGGCCUUGGAGAAUGACAACUUCCAGGACGACCCCCAUGCAGGACUCCCCCAGCUCGGCAAAAGGCUGCCUCAGUUUGAUGAUGAUGCAGACACCGGAAAGAAAAAGAAGAAAACUCGAGGCGAUCAUUUUAAACUUCGCUUCCGAAAGAACUUUCAAGCCUUGCUGGAGGAGCAGAACCUGAGUGUGGCCGAGGGCCCCAACUACCUGACAGCCUGUGCAGGACCCCCCUCCCGGCCCCAGCGCCCCUUCUGUGCUGUCUGUGGCUUCCCCUCCCCCUAUACGUGUGUCAGCUGUGGGGCCCGCUACUGCACUGUGCGCUGUCUGGGCACCCACCAGGAGACCAGGUGCCUGAAGUGGACUGUGUGAGCCUGGCCAUCCGCAGAGGAGAAGGCCUUCCGCUCAUCACCCCAGCCCCGGAGAGGGCUCGGCCAAGGGGAGGGGUGCUCUUCUGGACCUAGAGAGGAGCCACUCACUCGCCCCACAGCGCUGUGUCCUGCCUGCCAGGGAAGCGCAUCUUACUCCCGGGGACUGUUGGCAGGGAAGCGGGCUGGCUGGGCCCUCGGCACGGCACGCCGCUGUAAUAAAUCAUGCGAGGAGGA